CCCCCGCCCCCUUCUCCCUACAGACUCCGGUGUUGACGUCCUGCUGCUGCUGCUGCUGUUGUUGCUGCUGGAUGUGAGCACGACUCACUGCUGCCGGGAGAAGAAACUGCGCGACAUAUCGUCCACAACUGUGCAUUUGUACGUCCGAGAAAGAAGAAGAAGAGGAAGGAGGAGUCGGAAGCGCCUCCUCGCAAGUGCUCACUAUCGCUUUGCCACCCAAGGGGAAGCCAGUUCUGCGGGGAAACAGAGCCACGAGCCCCUCCGCCCUCCCGUGUUUGGCGUCUCGCUCGCCGUCAUGCAGACCGCCAUCCUUCUCUUGUUCCCGCUCGUCCUCUUCUCCCUUCUGGUUCCGAGCACAUCCUCCCAGAGUGAGGCGGACCUCACCGUCGUGACCCAAGCGGGCCGAGUGCGGGGCAUCCACAUGCCCGUGCUGGAGCGGGGUCACGUCACGGCCUUCCUGGGCAUCCCUUUUGCCGAGCCGCCCGUCGGGAAGGGGCGUUUCCGUCCGGCCGAGCCCAAGCGUCACUGGGCGGGCGUGUAUGAGGCCCAUCUCUACCCCAACGCCUGCUACCAGUUUGUGGACACCACCUUCCCCGGCUUCACAGGCAGCGAGAUGUGGAACCCCAACAGGGAGAUGAGUGAGGACUGCCUCUACCUCAAUGUGUGGGUGCCGCCGUCACCCAGACCUCACAAUCUCACCGUCAUGGUGUGGAUCUACGGCGGAGGAUUCUACAGCGGUUCUUCAUCGCUGGACGUGUACGAUGGCCGCUACCUAGCUUACACGGAGACGGUCAUCGUGGUGUCCAUGAACUACCGCAUUGGCGCUUUCGGUUUCCUGGCUCUGGACGGCUCGUCUGAGGCUCCCGGCAACGUGGGCCUGCUGGACCAGAGGAUGGCCUUGCAGUGGGUCCAAGACAACAUCCACUUCUUCGGCGGAAACCCCAAACAGGUGACCAUCUUCGGGGAGAGCGCCGGCGGUGCCUCGGUGGGAUUCCACCUCUUGUCUCCGGACAGCCGGCCUGUCUUCACCAGGGCCAUCCUCCAGAGCGGGGUCCCCAACACUCCCUGGGCCACCGUCAGCCCGGCCGAGGCCCGCCGGCGGGCCACGCAGCUGGCCAAAUUGGUGGGCUGCAACUGGGGGAACGACACCGAGCUGGUCGACUGUCUGCGCACUAAAACGCCACAGGAGCUCAUUGACCAGGAGUUUCAGGUCCUCCCCUGGAUGUCCAUCUUUCGCUUUUCGUUCGUCCCCGUGGUGGACGGCGACUUUGUGCCCGACACGCCGGAGGCCAUGCUCAACGCGGGCAACUUUAAGGACACUCAAGUCCUUCUCGGAGUCAACCAGGAUGAGGGUUCCUAUUUCCUGUUGUACGGCGCGCCCGGCUUCAGCAAGGACAAUGACAGCCUCAUCUCCAGGGGGGACUUUCUGGAAGGUGCCAAGCUGAGCGUGCCGCACGCUAACGACAUCGGCCUGGAGGCGGUGGUGCUGCAGUACACUGACUGGAUGGACGAGAACAACGGCGCCAAGAACCGCGACGCCUUGGACGACAUCGUGGGCGACCACAACGUCAUCUGCCCUCUGGCUUUUUUCGCUCGCGCCUUCGCUCAGCACAACGCUCUCAAGCCCAACGCGGGGGUCUUUCUCUACCUGUUCGACCACCGAGCGUCCAACCUGCCCUGGCCCGAGUGGAUGGGCGUCAUCCACGGCUACGAGAUCGAGUUUGUCUUCGGCCUUCCCCUGGAGAAGAGAUUCAACUACACCCAGGAGGAGGAGAAGCUGAGUCGCCGCACCAUGAGAUACUGGGCCAACUUUGCGCGAUCCGGCAAUCCCAACGUGAACGUGGACGGCACGGUGGAGAGCAGGAAGCGAUGGCCUCAGUUCACCGUCGCCGAGCAGAAAUAUGUGGCGCUCAACACGGAGCCCGUCAAGGUCCACAGGGGUUUGAGGAACCAGAUGUGCGCCUUCUGGAACCACUUCCUGCCGCGCCUCCUCAACAUCACUGACAACAUCGAUGAGGCCGAGCGCCAGUGGAAAGUGGAGUUCCACCGCUGGUCCUCUUACAUGAUGCACUGGAAGAGCCAGUUUGACCAUUACAGCAAGCAGGAGCGCUGCACCGACCUCUGAGGUUCCCGGGGGGUUUGGGGGAGGGAGGAGGGUGGGGUUGGGCGGGCGUACCGAGGAGGGGACACUGGCGGGUUCAAACCACAAGAGAGUCCUGAGGGAGUGGGCAAGCUUAUUUCCUCCAUAGCCGCAAUCGACUUUAUUGACAGUAGUACAUAGAAUGCUCAAACACUGUACAUCUCUAUUUAUUAUUUUUGAAUGAUUCUUCUUAAUUUAUUGACUACAUGUAUAUAUAUGUGUGUGUGUGUGUGUGUGUGUGUGUGUGUGUGCGUGUGCGUGUGUGUGUGUGUGUGUGUUUUGCAUCUGAGAGAAGUGAAUGGCUAUGGAGGGGACUUGUGGUGCAUGUCCUGACUUGCUCGUCUUUGCUGUCAUAUCGCACUGUUUUUGUUUUUUGUUUUUUUUUCCCCAACACAUCAGGGUUUGAUUAUUUUGGUGUUGGUUAAUGUGGAUGUAAAAACAAAACAAAUAAUUUUCUCCUUCAUCGUCAACAUAAGCCAUUUUGAUCGGGAAUCGCUCCCUAUCCACUAUAUAGUGGCCGAUGUAGUGACUGGGCCAUUUGGUAGUGCUGUUACAAUGUGUAUAGUGAGUGUAAUUUAUCCGCUAUAUAAGCGUCCAUGAUGCCAUUGAGCAACAAUGCCAAUGAGGAAAUCAAAUAUAUUCUCUGUUAAUUAUUUUUGUUUGCUGGAUGAGUUGUUGCGGAAAACACGGACGGACAUAAAGUACAAGUUUGGAUUCAUUUUGUAAAAUCCACGCAGUUUAAAUUAAAACAAUAUAGAGUGAAUCCCAUGUAUUUACAAAGUCA